CGACGUGCGGGACGGAAGUAGAAACGCGAUAGACGGCGACUCCGUACGUUGCAAAUGGCAGACUGUGCGUGAUUAUCUAGGUAGAGUUAGACCGUCACUUUGUUCUCAUCGUGUAUCAACGUAAUUCCUUUCUGUCGGCGAAGGAGCGGAAGUUAGUCUCUUUCUGGAAACCGACGGACGCGUCGUGCAAGUGGAUCACGUCAUCGAAUUCUUAACACUUGGGGGGAGGAAGCGGCCGGCGAGCGAGCGAACAAACGAACGCACGAGCCUUGAGUGAGGAAUCCGUGAAAUCGGGAUCGGAGCUCGAUCCGGACGGUGGAUCGUGGACGAUGGCAAGGCUGGUGAACAUUUGGCGGGACGAUGACCCGGUGGAGUUGGCGAGCAAGCAAAUGCCGCUGAUGAUCGACGAAAAUCUGACGAUGAUUAUGGAUGUAAGUGGUUUGGGAGCUAUCUGUGAUAAUCCCUUGAUCAAUGGCAAACAACUAGAAGAGUUUACCAAGAAACUGUCUUUACUCACAGCAGAAGAAAUUAAGGCAUCUUUUGAAGUUACUUGCAAGGAUAUGCUUGCUAUUUUGGGUCAAGCAGAACCAUGUGUUGGUUGCCGAAGAAGUGUUGAAAGAUUGUUCUAUGAGUUAAUGAAAUCAGGACAUCCUGCAUUAGAUCCACUGGUCAUCACUCCCGAUGGUAUGCUUUCUAUAAAAGAUGAUGUUUUAAACUCGCCUCAACAGCUUUGUACAUUAUUGCAUGGACACAGCACUAGAUUAAAUAAUUUAAUGGAAAAACAGCAAAGGAAUAGAAAAUCUCAACGAUGUGUACUGCAUACUUUGGAGAUUCAACGGUUACCACCAAUAUGGAACUCUUGGAGAGAAGUGUGGGAUUGCAUGGAACUACCAUGUCGGCAGGAAUUAACUUUGAUAGAGACCGAUACGCUUGAUGAAGCUUUAGAUACUUAUCUACGUAAACAUAGGUUUUGCGCCGAAUGUCGAAACAAAGUAUUAUUGGCCUCGUCUCUCCUGACACGAGAACCUGAACCUACGAAAGAAAAAGGUUAUGUAGCAGUUUUAUAUUCCGGAAUUAAGCGUUGUAUAGCCGAUCAUCAUGUUCACUUACCAGCCAUCACGGAAUACAUGACUACUCUCCUUGGUCGCGCACAACCGUGGGCACUUAUGGGAAGGGAGCGCCACGCGAAAACGCUGGAAAUUGCUCAAGAGGAAGUACUUACAUGCUUAGGAAUAUGUAUUGCGGAACGAUUGCACAGAAUACAUCGACGAAUGAAGGAAGAAGAAACUGUAUGUAAAGUAUUAGCUGCUGUUGCAGUGGACGCGUUAUCUAGGAACUUCCAGAUGGCAGUUGAAGUGAAACAAGGUAUUUCUCAAUUGGAAUUAUUGUACGAGGAACUCACGAGAGAAGAAUUUGCGAAGCAACAGAGGCGUGAAAAAUUACGACUCAAACGCAAGAAGAAGAAGGAACGUCGCAACGAAACAGAGGAAAAGGAAAAUUCCUGUGAUUGUUCAAAUGAGAGGCAAAGUGAAACCCCCUGUACCUGUGCGGAAUCGAAACCGACAACGCAAAACAUCGAUCGGCAUAAAUUGCAGGUCUUAGAUCCGAAAAAUAAAGGACCACCGACGUGUAAAUGUCCAGAUUGUUUAAAGAAGCAAAAAACGCCUAGUAUAUCACAGUCGCAAAAUAAGACAGAAUUAGCAUUCCCUGUGAAAAAGAGUCCACAGAAAAUUACAGUUAAAAAAGAUAUCUCCGAAGCGAAGAAGAAACUUAGUACAAAUAAAUCAAAACAAAAUAGUACAUCUUUCAAACAAUUAUCUCAGGAGUCAUCCGAUAUUUGCGAGUCAUGUAAGGAGAGUGAGAAAGUCCAUGAUGAGAAUCAAUGGCAUUACGAUGACAACUGUAAAGAUUCCGUUACUAACGAGUUGGUAGAUGCUUGGAUAACAGAACCUAGUGAGACCAAGUAUACUGUAUGGAUAGAAAUGAAGAAAUGUUUUGAAAUGACAGAGAGGAAAAAUUCUUCGAGUGAACAAUCGUCUCAAGACUGUGGAUAUUCUUCCGAACAUAAUAUUAGCAGUUCUUCUCUUCCUAGCACACCAGAGGGUUCUGAAGUAGCUUGCAGUGAUGAGUGGUGCGAUCACGAAGGAACUUGUCACGAUAAACUUAAUCAUUCCAGUUCUAGUAUCUCUUUACUGCAGGGAGGUGGAUUGACGCUUUCGCAAAUGUUAAAGGAUUUUUCUGACGAUGACGAAAAGGAGAGUUAUAUUCCAGUAGAAGAAGUGUUAGAAUUCAAGUCAAGGAUGUGUCAACUCACGGAAAAACGACAGGAACUUCGGCAAACACUCAGAGAACGUUUUGCCAUGUUGUGCAACCAUCAGAAACCACUUAACAUUCUUCAUUAGAGAAAGAAUUCCUACUAGCUACGGUCGACUUUCUGAUGAAUAAAGCACUUUAUUAUGUGUAUAUCAAGCCAAAAAAAACAUAAAUACAACAAUAUUUAUCUCAACAAUCAGAAAAUUGCAUCUAAUAAAUAAAAAAA